GAAACAAGAUGGCGGCUGAAGGCGAUCCGGAGUGGGGCCCCAGCAAUUCGGAUUGAGCCUUCUCCCUCCACCCGCUUCCGUCGGCCGGGCCCCUCCCGCCCGGCCCCGCGGGCCUCCCCACCCGGCCCCGGCGCUCCCCACCGCCCCCCCUGCGCCCGCCCCUCCCCCUUCGCUUUCCUUCUCCCCCCGCCUCGGCUCCGACAUGAGGGGCCGGCGGGGCAGGCCGCCCAAGCAGCCCGCGGCUCCCGCUGCGGAGCGCUGCGCCCCGGCCCCGCCGCCGCCGCCGCCGCCGCCGCCCACGUCCGGACCCAUCGGGGGGCUCCGCUCGCGGCACCGCGGCAGCAGCCGGGGCAGGUGGGCCGCCGCCCAGGCUGAGGUGGCGCCCAAGACGCGGCUGAGCUCGCCCAGGGGGGGCAGCAGUAGCCGGAGGAAGCCGCCGCCGGCCCCCCCCAGCACCAGCGCCCCGGGCCGGGGGGGGCGAGGAGGCGGGGGCGGCAGGACGGGGGGCGGGGGCGGCGGCGGCCACCUGGCCCGGACCACCGCGGCCCGGAGGGCCGUCAACAAAGUGGUGUACGAUGACCACGAGAGCGAGGAGGAGGAGGAAGAGGAGGACAUGGUCUCCGAGGAGGAGGAGGAGGAGGACGGCGACGCCGAGGAGACCCAGGAUUCUGAGGACAACGAGGAGGAUGAGAUGGAGGAGGACGACGAUGACUCCGAUUAUCCGGAGGAGAUGGAAGACGACGACGACGACGACGCCAGUUACUGCACAGAAAGCAGCUUCAGGAGCCAUAGUACCUACAGCAGCACUCCAGGUAGGCGAAAACCAAGAGUACAUCGGCCUCGUUCUCCGAUAUUGGAAGAAAAAGACAUCCCACCCCUUGAAUUUCCCAAGUCCUCUGAGGAUUUAAUGGUGCCUAAUGAGCAUAUAAUGAAUGUCAUUGCCAUUUACGAGGUACUGCGGAACUUUGGCACUGUUUUGAGAUUAUCUCCUUUUCGCUUUGAGGACUUUUGUGCAGCUCUGGUGAGCCAAGAGCAGUGCACACUCAUGGCAGAGAUGCACGUUGUGCUUUUGAAAGCAGUUCUGCGUGAAGAAGACACUUCCAAUACUACCUUUGGACCUGCUGAUCUGAAAGAUAGUGUUAAUUCCACACUGUAUUUCAUAGAUGGGAUGACGUGGCCAGAGGUGCUGCGAGUGUACUGCGAGAGUGAUAAGGAGUACCAUCACGUUCUUCCUUACCAAGAGGCAGAGGACUACCCAUAUGGACCAGUAGAGAACAAGAUCAAAGUUCUACAGUUUUUAGUCGAUCAGUUUCUUACAACAAAUAUUGCUCGAGAGGAAUUGAUGUCUGAAGGGGUGAUACAGUAUGAUGACCAUUGUAGGGUUUGUCACAAACUUGGGGAUUUGCUUUGCUGUGAGACAUGUUCAGCAGUAUACCAUUUGGAAUGUGUGAAGCCCCCUCUUGAGGAGGUGCCAGAGGACGAGUGGCAGUGUGAAGUCUGUGUAGCACACAAGGUGCCUGGUGUGACUGACUGUGUUGCUGAAAUCCAAAAAAAUAAACCAUAUAUUCGACAUGAACCUAUCGGAUAUGAUAGAAGUCGGAGGAAAUACUGGUUCUUGAACCGAAGACUCAUAAUAGAAGAAGAUACAGAAAAUGAAAAUGAAAAGAAGAUUUGGUACUACAGCACAAAGGUCCAACUUGCAGAAUUAAUUGACUGUCUAGACAAAGAUUAUUGGGAAGCAGAACUCUGCAAAAUUCUAGAAGAAAUGCGUGAAGAAAUCCACCGACACAUGGACAUAACUGAAGACCUGACCAAUAAGGCUCGGGGCAGUAACAAAUCCUUUCUGGCGGCAGCUAAUGAAGAAAUUUUGGAAUCCAUAAGAGCCAAAAAGGGAGACAUUGAUAGUGUUAAAAGCCCAGAAGAAACAGAGAAAGACAAGAAUGAGACUGAGAAUGACUCUAAAGAUGCUGAGAAAAACAGAGAAGAAUUUGAAGACCAGUCCCUUGAAAAAGACAGUGACGACAAAACACUAGAUGAUGACCCUGAGCAAGGAAAAUCUGAGGAGCCAACAGAAGUUGGGGAUAAAGGUAACUCUGUGUCAGCAAAUCUUGGCGACAACACAACAAAUGCAUCUUCAGAAGAGACUAGUCCCUCUGAAGGGAGGAGCCCCGUGGGGUGUCUCUCAGAAACCCCCGAUAGCAGCAACAUGGCAGAGAAGAAGGUGGCAUCUGAGCUCCCCCAGGAUGUGCCAGAAGAACCUAACAAGACAUGUGAGAGCAGUAACAUUAGUGCUACCACUACCUCCAUCCAGCCUAAUCUGGAAAACAGUAACAGCAGCAGUGAACUAAAUUCUUCCCAGAGUGAAUCUGCUAAGGCAGCUGAUGAUCCUGAAAAUGGAGAAAGAGAAUCUCAUACACCUGUCUCUAUUCAGGAAGAGAUAGGUGAUUUCAAAUCGGAGAAGUCCAACGGGGAGCUAAGCGAAUCUCCUGGAGCUGGAAAAGGAGCAUCUGGCUCAACUCGAAUCAUCACCAGAUUGCGGAAUCCAGAUAGCAAACUUAGUCAGCUGAAGAGCCAGCAGGUGGCAGCUGCUGCACAUGAAGCAAAUAAAUUAUUUAAGGAGGGCAAAGAGGUACUGGUAGUCAACUCUCAAGGAGAAAUUUCACGGUUGAGCACCAAAAAGGAAGUGGUCAUGAAAGGAAAUAUCAACAAUUAUUUUAAAUUGGGUCAAGAAGGGAAGUAUCGCGUCUACCACAAUCAAUACUCCACCAAUUCAUUUGCUUUGAAUAAGCACCAGCACAGAGAAGAUCAUGAUAAGAGAAGGCAUCUUGCACAUAAAUUCUGUCUGACUCCAGCAGGAGAGUUCAAAUGGAACGGUUCUGUCCAUGGGUCCAAAGUUCUUACCAUAUCUACUCUGAGACUGACUAUCACCCAAUUAGAAAACAACAUCCCUUCAUCCUUUCUUCAUCCCAACUGGGCAUCACAUAGGGCAAAUUGGAUCAAGGCAGUUCAGAUGUGUAGCAAACCCAGAGAAUUUGCAUUGGCUUUAGCCAUUUUGGAGUGUGCAGUUAAACCAGUUGUGAUGCUACCAAUAUGGCGAGAAUCUUUAGGACAUACCAGGUUACACCGGAUGACAUCAAUUGAAAGAGAAGAAAAGGAGAAAGUCAAAAAAAAAGAGAAAAAACAGGAAGAAGAAGAAACGAUGCAGCAAGCGACAUGGGUAAAAUACACAUUUCCAGUUAAGCAUCAGGUUUGGAAACAAAAAGGUGAAGAGUACAGAGUGACAGGAUAUGGUGGUUGGAGCUGGAUUAGUAAAACUCAUGUUUAUAGGUUUGUUCCUAAAUUGCCAGGCAAUACUAAUGUGAAUUACAGAAAGUCGUUAGAAGGAACCAAAAAUAAUAUGGAUGAAAAUAUGGAUGAGUCAGAUAAAAGAAAAUGUUCACGAAGUCCAAAAAAAAUAAAAAUAGAGCCUGAUUCUGAAAAAGAUGAGGUAAAAGAUUCAGAUGCUGCAAAAGGAGCAGACCAAAGUGAAAUGGAUAUCUCAAAGAUUACUGAGAAGAAGGACCAAGAUGUGAAGGAGCUUUUAGAUUCUGACAGUGAUAAACCCUGCAAGGAAGAACCAAUGGAAAUAGACGAUGACGUGAAAACAGAGUCACAUGUAAAUUGUCAGGAGAGUUCUCAAGUAGAUGUGGUCAAUGUUAGUGAGGGUUUUCAUCUAAGGACUAGUUACAAAAAGAAAACAAAAUCAUCCAAACUAGAUGGACUUCUUGAAAGGAGAAUUAAACAGUUUACACUGGAAGAAAAACAGCGACUCGAAAAAAUCAAGUUGGAGGGUGGAAUUAAGGGUAUAGGAAAGGCUUCUACAAAUUCUUUAAAAAAUCUCUCUGAAUCACCAGUAAUAACAAAAGCAAAAGAAGGGUGUCAGAGUGACUUGAUGAGACAAGAACAGAGCCCGAAUGCAAAUAAUGAUCAACCUGAGGACUUGAUUCAGGGAUGUUCAGAAAGUGAUUCCUCAGUUCUUAGAAUGAGUGAUCCUAGUCAUACCACAAACAAACUUUAUCCAAAAGAUCAAGUGUUAGAUGAUGUCUCCAUUCGGAGCCCAGAAACAAACUGUCAGAAACAAAAUUCCAUUGAAAAUGACAUAGAAGAAAAAGACUCUGGCCCUGCCAGUAAAGGCCAGGAACCCAGUAAGAGUAAAACAAAAGGAAGUGAUUUUUUCAUCGAUGACUCUAAACUAGCCAAUGCAGAUGAUAUUGGUACUUUGAUCUAUAAGAAAAAAAUGCUCAUACAGGAGGAAAGUGACACCAUUGUUUCUUCUUCCAAGAGUGCUUUACAUUCAUCAGUGCCUAAAAGUGCCAAUGACAGAGAUGCCACACCUCUGUCAAAAGCAAUGGACUUUGAAGGAAAACUGGGAUGUGACUCUGAAUCUAAUAGCACUUUGGAAAAUAGUUCUGAUACCAUGUGUAUUCAGGAUAGCAGUGAAGAAGAUAUGAUUGUUCAGAAUAGCAAUGAAAGUAUUUCUGAACAGUUCAGAACUCAAGAACAAGGUAUUGAAGGCUUGGAGCCAUUAAAAUGUGAAUUGGUUUCUGAAAAGUCCACUGGAAACUGUGAGGACAGGCUGCCGGGUAAGGUAACUGAAGCAAAUGGUAAAAAACCAAGUCAGCAGAAGAAAUUAGAGGAGAGAGCAGUUAAUAAAUGUAGUGAUCAAAUAAAGCUAAAAAGUAACACUGACAAAAAGAAUAAUGAAAAUCGAGAGUCUGAAAAGAAAGGACAGAGAACAAGUACAUUUCAAAUAAAUGGAAAAGAUAAUAAACCCAAAAUAUAUUUGAAAGGUGAAUGCUUGAAAGAAAUUUCUGAGAGUAAAGUAGUAAGUGGUAAUGUUGAACCAAAGGUUAAUAAUAUAAAUAAAAAAAUCCCUGAGAAUGAUAUUAAAUCAUUGACUGUUAAAGAAUCUGCUAUAAGGCCAUUCAUUAAUGGUGAUGUCAUCAUGGAAGAUUUUAAUGAAAGAAACAGCUCCGAAACAAAAUCACGUUUACUGAGUUCUUCAGAUGCUGAAGGUAACUACCGAGAUAGCCUUGAGACCCUGCCGUCAACCAAAGAGUCUGACAGUACACAGACGACCAUACCUUCAGCAUCUUGUCCAGAAAGCAAUUCAAUUAAUCAGGUAGAAGAUAUGGAAAUAGAAACCUCAGAAGUUAAGAAAGUUACUUCAUCACCUAUUACUUCUGGAGAGGAAUCUAAUCUCAGUAAUGACUUUAUUGAUGAAAAUGGUCUGCCCAUCAACAAAAAUGAAAAUGUCAAUGGAGAAUCUAAAAGAAAAACCGUCAUCACAGAAGUCACCACGAUGACCUCCACAGUGGCCACAGAAUCAAAAACUGUGAUCAAGGUAGAAAAAGGUGAUAAGCAAACUGUGGUUUCUUCCACAGAAAAUUGUGCAAAAUCCACUGUCACAACCACCACUACAACGGUGACCAAGCUUUCCACACCCUCCACAGGCAGCAGUGUAGACAUCAUCUCUGUAAAGGAGCAGAGCAAAACCGUGGUCACCACAACAGUGACAGACUCCCUGACCACCACGGGAGGCACGCUGGUUACAUCUAUGACUGUGAGCAAAGAGUAUUCCACACGAGACAAAGUGAAACUGAUGAAAUUUUCAAGACCAAAGAAGACUCGUUCAGGUACAGCUCUGCCAUCCUAUAGAAAAUUUGUUACCAAGAGCAGCAAGAAGAGCAUUUUUGUUUUGCCUAAUGAUGACUUAAAAAAGUUGGCCCGAAAAGGAGGAAUCCGAGAGGUCCCUUAUUUUAAUUACAAUGCAAAACCUGCUUUGGAUAUAUGGCCAUAUCCUUCUCCUAGACCGACGUUUGGCAUCACUUGGAGGUAUAGACUUCAGACAGUAAAGUCCUUAGCUGGAGUGAGCCUGAUGUUACGGUUACUGUGGGCAAGUUUGAGAUGGGAUGACAUGGCGGCCAAGGCUCCUCCAGGAGGAGGGACUACACGGACAGAAACAUCUGAAACUGAAAUCACAACAACAGAAAUAAUUAAGAGGAGAGACGUUGGUCCUUACGGCAUUCGAUCUGAAUAUUGUAUCAGGAAAAUCAUUUGUCCCAUUGGAGUUCCAGAAACACCAAAAGAAACACCUACACCUCAGAGGAAAGGCCUUCGAUCAAGUGCACUGCGACCAAAGAGACCAGAAACGCCCAAGCAAACUGGCCCUGUUAUUAUUGAAACCUGGGUAGCAGAAGAAGAGCUGGAAUUGUGGGAGAUCAGGGCAUUUGCUGAGAGAGUGGAGAAAGAAAAGGCACAAGCAGUUGAGCAACAGGCUAAGAAACGACUGGAGCAGCAGAAGCCGACAGUGAUUGCAACUUCCACUACUUCGCCAACAAACAGUACAACCAGUACCAUCUCUCCAGCACAGAAGGUUAUGGUGGCCCCCAUAAGUGGCUCCGUUACAACUGGAACCAAAAUGGUACUAACUACUAAAGUUGGAUCUCCAGCUACAGUAACAUUCCAACAAAACAAGAACUUUCAUCAAACCUUUGCUACGUGGGUUAAGCAAGGCCAGUCAAAUUCAGCCACCAGCACAGCUGCCACAUCUGCUACAACCAUUGCCAGCACAGGUCAGACGUUCCAAAUUACAGGCAAUCCAGUCACUAUGGCAGGAAAAGUAAUUACCAAACUGCCACUUCCUGCAAACAGCAAGAUUGUCGCUGUAAAUGUGCCAGCAACACAAGGAGGCGUUGUUCAAGUACAGCAGAAAGUCCUGGGUAUCAUUCCAUCAAGUACAGGUACCAGUCAGCAAACCUUUACUUCAUUCCAGCCCAGGACAGCAACAGUCACAAUUAGGCCCAAUACCUCAGGCUCUGGAGGAACCACAAGCAAUUCACAAGUAAUCACAGGGCCUCAGAUUCGCCCUGGUAUGACCGUGAUUAGAACACCACUCCAACAGUCAACACUAGGAAAGGCAAUUAUUCGAACACCUGUGAUGGUACAGCCAGGUGCUCCUCAGCAAGUGAUGACUCAAAUCAUCAGGGGACAGCCUGUCUCCACUGCAAUCUCCACCCCUAACACAGUUUCCUCAACACCUGGGCAGAAAAGCUUAACUUCAGCAACAUCCACUUCAAAUAUACAGUCUUCAGCCUCACAACCCCCUCGCCCUCAACAAGGACAAGUGAAGCUCACCAUGGCUCAACUCACUCAGUUAACACAGGGCCACGGUGGCAAUCAAGGUUUGACAGUAGUAAUUCAAGGACAAGGUCAAACUACUGGACAGUUGCAGUUGAUACCUCAAGGGGUGACUGUACUCCCAGGCCCAGGCCAGCAGCUAAUGCAAGCUGCAAUGCCAAAUGGUACUGUUCAGCGAUUCCUCUUUACCCCAUUGGCAACAACAGCCACCACAGCCAGCACCACCACCACCACUGUUUCCACGACAGCAGCAGGUACAGGUGAACAAAGGCAGAGUAAACUGUCACCCCAGACACAGGUACAUCAAGACAAAACCCUGCCAUCAGCUCAGUCAUCAAGUGUGGGUCCGGCAGAAGCCCAGCCACAGACUGCUCAGCCUUCAGCUCAGCCCCAGCCCCAAACCCAGCCCCAGUCCCCAGCUCAGCCUGAAGUUCAGACUCAGCCUGAAGUUCAGACCCAAACAACUGUUUCAUCCCAUGUCCCUUCUGAAGCACAACCCACCCACGCACAGUCAUCCAAGCCCCAAGUUGCAGCACAGUCUCAGCCUCAAAGUAAUGUCCAAGGACAGUCUCCUGUUCGUGUCCAAAGUCCAUCACAGACUCGAAUACGUCCAUCAACUCCAUCCCAACUGUCUCCUGGACAACAAUCCCAGGUUCAGACUACAACCUCACAACCGAUUCCAAUUCAACCACAUACAUCUCUUCAGAUACCUUCCCAAGGCCAGCCACAAUCACAACCCCAGGUACAGUCUUCAACUCAAACUCUUUCAUCAGGACAAACUUUAAAUCAAGUUACUGUUUCAUCCCCAUCCCGUCCUCAGCUACAAAUACAGCAGCCACAGCCCCAAGUCAUUGCUGUGCCUCAGCUGCAACAACAAGUCCAGGUUCUCUCUCAGAUCCAGUCACAGGUUGUGGCUCAGAUACAGGCUCAGCAAAGUGGUGUGCCCCAGCAAAUCAAACUCCAGUUACCUAUCCAAAUUCAGCAAAGCAGUGCUGUGCAGACUCACCAGAUUCAGAAUGUGGUUACAGUGCAGGCAGCCAGUGUGCAAGAGCAGUUGCAAAGGGUUCAGCAACUCAGGGAUCAGCAGCAAAAGAAGAAACAGCAACAGAUAGAAAUUAAGCGUGAACACACCCUCCAAGCUUCUAAUCAAAGUGAAAUCAUUCAGAAACAGGUGGUGAUGAAGCAUAAUGCUGUAAUAGAACAUUUAAAACAGAAAAAGAGCAUGACUCCAGCUGAAAGAGAAGAGAAUCAAAGAAUGAUUGUCUGUAACCAGGUGAUGAAGUAUAUUUUGGAUAAGAUAGAUAAAGAAGAAAAACAGGCAGCAAAAAAACGGAAGCGUGAAGAGAGUGUGGAGCAGAAACGUAGCAAGCAGAAUGCCACUAAGCUGUCAGCUCUGCUCUUCAAGCACAAAGAGCAGCUCAGAGCCGAGAUCCUGAAGAAGAGAGCACUCCUGGACAAGGAUCUGCAAAUUGAAGUGCAGGAAGAGCUGAAGAGAGACCUGAAAAUUAAGAAAGAAAAAGACCUGAUGCAGGUGGCUCAGGCCACAGCAGUAGCUGCACCCUGCCCCCCAGUGACACCAGCUCCUCCAGCCCCUCCAGCCCCUCCACCUUCACCUCCCCCUCCACCUGCUGUGCAACACACAGGCCUUCAGUCCACACCCACCUUACCUGCUGCUUCCCAGAAGAGGAAGCGGGAAGAGGAAAAAGACUCAAGCUCAAAGUCCAAGAAAAAGAAAAUGAUCUCUACUACCUCAAAGGAAACUAAGAAGGACACAAAGCUUUACUGUAUCUGUAAAACGCCUUAUGAUGAAUCUAAGUUCUAUAUUGGCUGUGAUCUUUGUACUAACUGGUAUCAUGGAGAAUGUGUUGGCAUCACAGAAAAGGAGGCUAAGAAAAUGGAUGUGUACAUCUGUAAUGAUUGUAAACGGGCACAAGAGGGCAGCAGUGAGGAAUUGUACUGUAUCUGCAGAACACCUUAUGAUGAGUCACAAUUUUAUAUUGGCUGUGAUCGGUGUCAGAAUUGGUACCAUGGGCGCUGCGUUGGCAUCUUGCAAAGUGAGGCAGAGCUCAUUGAUGAGUAUGUCUGUCCACAGUGCCAGUCAACAGAGGAUGCCAUGACAGUGCUCACGCCACUAACAGAGAAGGAUUAUGAGGGGUUGAAGAGGGUGCUCCGUUCCUUACAGGCCCAUAAGAUGGCCUGGCCUUUCCUUGAACCAGUAGACCCUAAUGAUGCACCAGAUUAUUAUGGUGUUAUUAAGGAACCUAUGGACCUUGCCACCAUGGAAGAAAGAGUACAAAGACGAUAUUAUGAAAAGCUGACGGAAUUUGUGGCUGAUAUGACCAAAAUUUUUGAUAACUGUCGUUACUACAAUCCAAGUGACUCCCCGUUUUACCAGUGUGCAGAAGUUCUUGAAUCAUUCUUUGUACAGAAAUUGAAAGGCUUCAAAGCUAGCAGGUCUCAUAACAACAAACUGCAGUCUACAGCUUCUUAAAGUUCAGCGUGUUAACCUAACAUAAAACACAGCAAGAAUCUGGUUGUCUGAACUAUUUUAAAUUAAGGAGCCAGAUGUUUUUAGUCAGGCUAUCCUGACAAGACUUGACCUAAACUUCGUUUUUAUUGGUCAUAACAGUCCAAUUAUAUUCUUGGCCAAUUUUGUCCAACGGACAAGAAAAAAGCAAAGUCAACGACACCAUUAUCUUGUCAAGAUCAAAUGGUUUUACUAUUGUGGCAGAAGCGAGAAAACUUUGUUUAUUGAAAAAAAAAAGAAAAAGAAAGCAAGAAAAAAAGAUACUAUGGGGUCAAGUGUAACUCCAUGGAAAUGCCACGUCUGCUCUUCAGUGAAGAAGCUGGUUUAGAGUCUCACAGAAAACUUUUGACUGUAUUUAUUUAUUGUUGCAAAAAAGACGCUUUUUUAUUGCUGCCCUCAUUUGUCAGCUGAUUAUUUUUUCUUAUAAAAUCCAGCCCCAGUUACAUAUAAUCAUCUGUAUCUUAUCAUGAUUCCUGUAGGUAAAAGUACAAGACGACCUCUAGAUGUCUUUUCUUUCUAUGAAAGGAGCUGCUAUGUACACAUGUGCACACACACACAACUGGGAAUCAACAAUGAGUUUAUUGAUCAUGGUAGAUUAAAGUUAAGCAUAAAGGUUGGGCUAAGUGGUCCUGGACUACAGACUCUGUUGCCUUGAAUAUAACAGUACAAUUUGUCAAUUACUCCGCACCAGGCUAAAAUGAGUAAAAUCUAUUUGAAGGUAUCUUGUUUGUAAACAUUUGUCAGAUUCUAAUUUUUUUCUUUUGUAUUAAAAUUCAACUAUGGAUGUAUAUGAAACAAAAUAAAUGGAGAUAAUUUUUCUCCCACAGACAGAGGUGUCUUUGAAUGUGCGCUAAUGAUUAUCUGUAAGCCUUUGUGGGGAGGGAGGGCUGCAAGGUCAUGAAAGGCAGAAGAAUCUAAUUGUGCCUGGAUUUCUCCAGGACAGCAGUGGCCUCUCGUUUUAUCAUUCCCAGUCCAUUGUCAUCACGUCAGAGAAAAAUCUUCAGGGGUGCUAAUCCUGUUGCAUCAGUUGAUCAUACUAACGAAAAAGGUAAUGUGACAAGAUACACAUUGCCUUCAUCUGUACAUUCUGUGAUACCAGGCAAAUUACCAAUUACAGACAGCUACUUAUAUUUUAUGAAGGGCAUUUUUUAGAUGACCUCAUCCUCUGUGUUAUUUGUUGAUUGGGUUUGUUUUCUGUUUUUUGGUUUGUUUGUUUCUUCCAGGUAAGGAAAAGUAGUGUAAACAGUAGCGAGAAAAUGGAAACCACAGAGGAAGAUGUAUUUUGCAUGUUUUUCCUUUCAAUGUUCUUACACGUUGUAUCACUGCAUUGUGCUAACAGCUUCUAUAAAAUCUGCCAUAGUUGGAUUAUGCAGCUUUGCAAAAAUUUUACUAGAUUUUGCACUAACUCAUAUUAGCUUUGUCCUACCAACUUCUGGAAUUUAUCUAAUUAUUGUUUUUAAAAGUUUCUUUCCUUUUAAUGUUUCCCUGCUAUGCAAAACCUUUCCCAGACCUCAGUUUCUUAAAAGAAAGAUGUUGCUACAGUUCCCGAUUCUUUCUUAUUACAGGCUCAGGUGUACAGGUUAUUCUGGGUUAAUUUUAUCUAAUGAAGCCCAUUCCUUUUUGUACAUAAAGAUGUCACUUAAACCUAUGCUUACAAACUAAAGAGACUAAUCGCUCAAUACGAAAACAUGAAAACAUUUUUGCUUAAAGUAUUAAGAUGGAAGUAGUUAAAUAUGGAUUAUUUUGUCCUUUUACUGUUUUAAAAAAUGUUAAAUAUUGUAUGCACUGUGCUGAUGCAAGAAUUCUACAUUUUAAUGAAUUAUAAAAUUAUUCUGCAUCUCAUCACGUCACAGUAUUUCUGUACUAUUUAUUCAUAUAUAUAUAAAUAUAUAUGGGCUUAAUCAUUUAAAAUUUGUUGCAGCAAGAACUUUCCUACCUGUAGGCAAUAGAUUGCUAUGUUUUUAACAAAUUGUGGCAAAUUCUAAACAGCAAUUCUUUUGUACGUAAUAGGACAUUUCAUCCUAGAAAAAUAAAGUAAUGUUUCUGACAUUG